GCUUGCGCUGUUUUGCCGGCCGUCUAAGGGUACUUUUCUACUACACAGAACUACCACUACUCGACUCUACUCGGUUUGGUUCCAGGCGCGUCUUUUUCCACUACAAAAAGAACCUUCUGAACGUGGGCGGGGUCAGUAGAGCAGACUGCAGUGACGUCGUUUUAUACGCGACACAACCAUAAACAAUGUCGGACUCCGUGUGUUUACUGCUGUGUGAGUUUUAAAGACAAAUCUGUUGGCGGCGAGACGAAACACUCUUGAAAAGUACAGAAGAUAUUGGGAAUUCAUAUAACAAUAUGAAGACGAAGGCGAGAAGAUACAAGCUGCAAAAGAGACGAAGCAUGACGUGCCGCCCACCGCCACUUUCUGCUGUGCCCGGUUUGCCAGAGGACCCAGCAGGCCCUUGGAGUGCACCUCCGCCGGACAUGCAUGAAGAAUGCAACCCCAGAGACCAUGACGGAAGCCAUUGAGAAAGCAAAAGAUGAUGUGUUUGAGCUGCUGAAGACUGGCCGGGUUUUCCACUACGACCUGCUGCGUGGGAUAGUUGAAUCUUGUGACCCCCUCGGGAGGCUGAUUGAAGAGCUGGAGAAACGCCAUAUGGUGGUCAGUGAGGUGCCAUCUACUGAAAGUCCUGACGUCCAGGCUGGACGUUCCACUGCUGUGGAAACAGGCCAGUGCCACACUCCUGGGGAGGCCCGUGAAGCUGGAAGUGAAAGCAGUGGAGAGACCUUUCAGUGUGGUCGCAACCCUGAAUUGAAAGUGAACAAGAGGGCACUGAUGGCAGAGAUGGGUCUCCACCAAAAACACUCCCUUGACCAUCCUCUGCUGAGGGACUUUGGAAAAUACUUACUGAACGACCUUGACAACGAGAACUACAAGCAGGAGGUGGAGAACGUGGCAAGGUUUCUGUUUUAUAUGGACCCAGCCCGACCCUCUCUCCUGUUUGUGCGUGACAGAGAGAGGACCAAGGAGUACCUGAGAAAGCUCAGUGAGGCCCAUCUCACUAAGCAGACUCAGGUGAACUACCUGAAGAGCUUGAAGAGAUUCCUCAAAUACCACACCGUCUGCACCAACCUGGUGCUUGAUGACCGAGAUCUCCACACGGACACCAAACAUUACAUCGAGUACAUUGAUGAUCUUAGGACACAGCUGAGCAAGGGGGUCAGCAAGAGCGUUGCGAAGCGGGAUAGAUUCCUCCGGAACGACGCUGGCAUAACUCCCCGUGACUGCUGGGCGGUGCUGAGGGCAGCAAAACGAGACUUCCUUGCUGUCAUGGGGAAAAUUGAGGCUGCUCCCUGCUACAGCCUCCAGCUGGAGACUUCAGAGUGCCUCCUGGUGCUGUACUACGUGGAGGCCAUCAUGGUCCUGAAGCACCUUCAGUGGCCCAGUGUGGUGGAGCACAUGACUGUAGAAGAGUGGAAGAAUAGGAUCCAGGUGGAGAGGGGCCACGUUGUCAUUGCAGUGAAAGAUCACAAGACGGCAACACGGCAGGUGGCCAGUUUUGUGCUCUCUCCAGAAGAGGAGACAUGGUUCUUUUACUACUUUGAUGUUGUGAGGAGCAUUAUGAAGACAUCAAAGAGGUUCAGGAAGGAGCCAGAGGGCAACAAGAUGGAAGAAAACCCUCAGGAGAGGUUUUUCCUUUCCACAUCUGGGAUGCCGGUGUACAAUGCGUCCAAUGACCUCGCUCGACUGCACAAGAAAUACGAUGUCCCAGUGGUGACCAGUCAGUUGGCGAGGCGCAUUUUUGAGACUGCAGCAAAGAAGCUGCCUGAUGUGGACAAGUCCCUGGUAGCAGAAUACCUGACCCACUCCACGACAGAGAAGCACUCCGAGAUGAAGACAGGUGCCAGCCUGUUGAAGGGUUACCAGAUCAUCCACACAUUGGGUUCUGACUCGAGCGGAGAAUCUGGAGAUGAUGCAGCCUGCACAUCUGUCAAGUCCCACAACAUCCAGAUGGACUUCCAGGUGCUCUGGGAUAAGUUCCUGGAGGAAUUUCCUGUGACUGUUGAUGGAACGCCUCCAGCACGGGAUUCACGCUGCGCUGCAUCACAGGAAUACCAACGGAAGAUUUAUGAGCGCUGGCUGAAGAUGCAGAUGAAGAUGAGAGUUGAGCAUGUCCUCUCCCACUUUAACCGUCACCUCCCCUCCACAUCCAGAGUGGCUGCCUGGAUUGCCAGACAGGGCUGGAGAAGCAACAUCCCUGUUGCAGACACUGUGCUGAAAGCAUGGAAACCCAGCGGCAGCAUGGAAGACAUGCCUACUUCAAAACACAUCCGGCGCCUGUGAUUACCAUGGCCAGGUAGUCACAGGUGCAGAGGGGGAGGAGAUCAUAAAAACACCAAUGAAGAAGAGACUGGUUUCAUGUUCUUCUACACCAAGAACGGUCAGCAGAUAUGCUCUGGACAGAUAUGACGUCAAACUGGCAAGGGCACUUCCAGUAAUCCCAAAAGAGUUCUCCAACCUAUUGAGCAAAAUAUGAUGAUCCACGGUAUCAAAUAGGAAGAAGGCAAACGUCAGACCUCGGCUGUACACUCUGGACUUGGAUAGAAAUGAGAGAGACGUCCUGCUCUUCCUGCCAGUGAGGGACAUCAAGGAUGGUGAAGAAAUUCUUUUUGAUUAUGGAGUCGAGAAAUUCUUUCUGUGGGGAAGGCCUGCAGUUGGACUGGAUUUGACAUUCCUUCUCCCUCCUCUUAACACUGGGACGCCUGUUCCAGUGCAAGACCCUGAGAUAGAGAGAAAUUUAUUUUUAUGGACACUGAUUUCAAUGUUACACAUGAUUGCACAGAAUAAGAACAUAUUUGUAUUGAGGUCAAUUUCUAACAUAGUUGAGUUUUUUUUUUUCUCUAUUUUAAUAUGGACACUGAGUUUAGUGUUGCACAUGAUUGUGUGGAAUAAGAACAUAUUUGUAUACAGUGAGGGCAUAUUUUUUUUUUGGGGGGGGGGGUGCAAUGCUUUUGUAACAUGGCUUUAAUUAUAUAACCUGUGCUAUAAAAAUUCAUACAAUGUGGGUGGUUUCCUGUAAUCAGUCUUACUAAACUGUAUCCAACAGUCAAGACUGGAGGAUAAUUCCCAGAGUGACCAGUUUUCAGUCCUGUCAGGCAAAGGUAGUCAGUGGGUUUUUUAGGGACCCUUAGGACAGUUGUAAAGUGAGAAUUAAAAAAUGGUGUUUCUGUAAUUGUACAUGCAGAUUCUCAGGCCUUAUCAUGAAGCUCCACAAUUAAAACCCAACAUAUGGGAAUUGCUCCAUUCUCAUGCUGACCGAACUGUGUAAUAAUUGUUUGCCGAGUGACUCAGGGACGGACAAACAGCUAUUUAUAAGGAGAGACUGUAACGCUAGUUCUUUUGGGAUUGGUGUUACCACUGACGACUUUGACGAAUGUACUGCAGAUGUGUGUUGUGUGUGUUCAGGGUG